AAACAGACGCAUUUGACUCGUAAGAACAUCUGGCGUUCAUUCUCUCCGUCCGGUUUCGUCGAAUUUCAGAAUGGGUAUCACCGAAUUCGCAAUGGUUGAGGAGUUGGCUUUUCUUGUUAAGGACAACCUUCCUUGCAAGCACCUUGUUCUUUCUAUGGAAGAAGCCUUUAUAAAUUUCCUUCAAGAUGAUCCAAGCUUGGAUGCGGUGCUGGAGCUAGAACCAAUGAGUCCAUACAACCGCCUUCUGUUACAUCGUCUUGCAGAUAUUUUUGGGUUUUCCCAUCAUUCUGUUGGAGAAGGUGAUGAACGCCACUUACUUUUGGAGCGUUCUCCAGAGACAUCAAUACCACCCAUUCUUGUCAGUGAUCUACUGUGGCAGUAUGAUGAACUUCAUCCUCCAACAACAUCACACCAACUAUUAAGGAGAAGUAAAGCUUCCCCAGCAGCGAAGGUAGAAAAAUCUGCGGAUCAAUUUUCACUCAAGGAAAGAGAAGCGGCUUACCUGGCAGCACGUGAGCGAAUAUUUACAAGAUAUGAUGAUGAGAUAAAUGAACCUGUGAAGCCAAAACCACGAAGCAUUCCUGUGGUUGCCCGCCGUAUGAUUGCACAUGCUCUUGGGCAACGAAUUAGCCCAUCCAAUCAAGCAGUCAGACUCAAGGAUGCUAAAGAAAAUGGACAGCAAACUAAGGGGACAAACAUUCAAGGGAAGGAACAAGAGAAUACCAACUUGAGGAUAAAGCAUGGCCGGGAAAACAGUAUCUUGUCUGGCCAAACUGUGACUCUAUAUCAUAAACCCAAAGUUAGAAACUUCAAAGGUGGUGCAUCAUUGCAUGAUGAGAAGAUAAUGGCACCUAGGCAAGCUGAUAAAACCGCCAUUGAGCCCAGGCUGUCUCAACCACGAAGAAGUGAAGCAGGAGUUUACAGAGGCAAUUUGAAAGAGGAGCAUAUGGGAGCAGCAAAGAGAAUCUUUGCCCAUGCUAUGCGAUUUCAUUCUGUGAAAGAAGGAAUGCUUUCCAGACGCAAUGGAGUGAAUCAGGACAAAUAAAAUUUGAUUGGUAGAUUCUCAAUGCUGCAAAGCAGCCUCUGAAAUCACUUGCUAUCUAGAUGCGGAGCUCUCAAGCCUUUUGCUACAAGACCAACGGAUCAUCGAAAGACCAUAGAAAAUGUCUUGAGACUGUGAGGAUAUUCUCCGAUAAGACGUAACAGGAUAAAGAAUGAGGUUAACCUGGAGUUUGAUGUUGGCAGGCAUCACACUCACUCAAGAUGCCACAUGCAAACUUUUGUUUGUGACAGGAAGCUGGUGGAUGGAUGAGUGUUAAUGGACUGGAGUGGGUCGGGCGUGUGGUUGUAGAACUGGAGAUGAUAAUGGACUUCCACCCCUUUUGAAACUGCUUCAGCUAAUCAUUCAUUCAUGGCGGCAAUAUGUUUUUGCAUCUUCUAAUGUUCUCAGGCCUUGUUUCCUCAAGAUCCUGGUUUGUUGUCUUUGAUUGUGUGUUCUAGGUGAUGCGUCCAGACCUAACUUGUCCUCUUGUUCAUCUAUUAUGGUGGUUGCGUCACAUAUCUUCUUUUGGAGCGAUUGGCUAGUGUUAACCUUUGGCUGUGAGUUCAUGGGAUUGCAGUCUCUAGAACAACGUCCUUCUGGUAUUUCCCUAUAAAUCUUUUUAUGGUUUUUUCAA